GACGCGGGGUGAGGUGUGUGCUGGCUUUAGAGCGGACCCAGGGACCGAGCCGCGCCUGCAGCAUCCUUGGCGCUCUUCCCCGCUGCCCUCGCCCCCCAACCCUUCCCUUCCGACCUUCUGCCUUUUUCUCUCGAAUCCUCUCGUGCGGGGGACGAGGAGUGGCAAUUCGACGGCAGGUUUGUGGGUUUGCCUCCCACGCCCCCCGCCUCCCAGCGCAGGCUUGUGCUGACGGCCGCCUCCUCUGGGGACCAUCCCUCUUCUGGUGCCGCCUCCACCCUUCCUGUGCGCUCUUUAUCCUCUCUUCCCACUUAAAUGACAUUUGGGAAUUGUUUUUAAAUUUUUUAAGUGGGGGGUGGGGGAGAAAUUGGAGUUCGUGGAGCCGAGGAAAUCUGUGUGGUGUAAAGGAAUUCGUUAGCCAUGGAUGUUUUCAUGAAAGGACUUUCAAAGGCCAAGGAAGGAGUCGUGGCUGCUGCUGAAAAAACCAAGCAGGGUGUGGCAGAAGCAGCAGGAAAGACAAAAGAGGGUGUUCUCUAUGUAGGAUCCAAAACCAAGGAAGGGGUAGUUCAUGGUGUGACAACAGUGGCUGAGAAGACCAAAGAGCAAGUGACAAACGUUGGAGAGGCAGUGGUGACAGGGGUGACUGCAGUGGCACAGAAGACAGUAGAAGGAGCAGGGAGCAUUGCAGCUGCCACUGGCUUUGGCAAAAAGGAUCAUCUGGGCAAGGGUGAAGAAGGAGCCUCCCAGGAAGGAAUUCUGGAAGAUAUGCCUGUGGAUCCUGACAAUGAGGCUUAUGAGAUGCCUUCUGAGGAAGGGUAUCAGGACUACGAACCUGAAGCCUGAGAGAUAUCUUUGCUCCCAGUUUCCUGAGACCUGCUGAAAGAUGUUCCACCCUGUACAAGUGCUCAGUUCCAACAUGCCCAGUCAUGACAUUUUUCUCAAAGUUUUCACAGUGUGUUUUGAAGUCUUCCAUCAGCAGUGAUUGGAUUAUCUGUACCUGCCCCACCAACUCAGCAUUUCGGUGCUUCCCUCUCACUGAAUAAAUGGUAGCAGGGUCUUUGUGUGCUGUGGAUAUUGUGGCUUCAAACAUAAAAUGUUAAAACAAAUUAAAAACACCUAAGUGACUAUCACUUAUUUCUAAAUCUUCACUAUUUUUUUGUUGCUGUUGAAAAAUUGUGAGUGAUUUACUAUCAUAGAUUAUAAGAUUUUAUGGUGUCUUUUAAUGAUUCUAAAGAAUAAUGAUGUAUUGUGAAAUUUGUUAAUAUAUACAAUACUUAAAUAUAUGAGCAUGAAACUAUGCACCUAUAAAUAUUAACUAUAAAAUUUUACUGUUUUGUGGUGUGUUUUAUUAACUUGUGUUUGUAUAUAAAUGGUGAAAAUUAAAAUAAAAUGGUAUCUCAUUAUAAAAAUUUUA